GAACUCUAGGUAAACAAUGCUUAGUAUUUGGCUUGAUUCAGCUUUAGUUUAAACAUUUCUGUAAAUACUUGAGGUAAACAACUCUUUUAAAAAUUCGUUCUGAGGGAAUGCCAAGACUUAAAAGGAUGCUAAUGUUACGCAAAUAUGUUUUCAUUUUCUUUGGAGUAUUAUUGGUAUUCAUCUGGCUAAAUCAUAGAAACAAGAGCAAUGAACAGAAUAUUGUGCUCGAGCAGUUCCCAGCCGUUACCAAGGAUAUAUUACCAGACACGUCGCCGCCGAACUUAAUUGCAAGAGAACAGCAAAUACGUGAAAUGAUACGUGCUAAUAGAAUGCGUAAAGUCCAACAGACGGACGAGCCGAAGGUAUCAAAAAUUAGAUUUGCCGAUGAACUUGGCAUCAGUUUCGAUGACGACGAUGAUUCGCUCGAGAUGGUUGCAAAGCCAACGCGUUAUCUGGUAAAUAGUAUGAAAUGUAAGAUGCCGUUUGCCGAUCCCUUUUCGCGUGCGGUAAUGGAGGUCCUUAAACCCUCCAAGCUGAAAUCCUGCUCCAAUGCGACCGAUGCAUUUCGCGUGCAAUACGAUGAUCAGGCGAAACACUACAAUUUAAUUGUUGAUCGAGAUAUCUUGUUGAAAUUGAAUCCACUCGUGUCCAGUGUCGAUUGCAGCUAUCGUAAAAUCACUCUAGACACUAAGGAGAGGCCCGAGCAUAACAGCAACAUAAAUGCGCCAGUUUACUUUAGAGGUCAAUGCGCUUUGCCGCAAGAUGUGGAGAGUAUUAUGGUCGAGUGCCAUGAUGCAUUCAACAGGUCGAGAACUUUGCAGCGGGACGCGAUUAUCGUGGUUCAAGUGAACGAUACAAGUAAAAGUACUGAGAAUCGAGCGGUGGAACGUCAGCCCAGCGUAAUAGUCCUCGGUUUAGGCAGCAUGUCACGUAUGAACUUUCAGCGCACAAUGCCAAAGACGGCUAGAUUUGUCAAUCGAAUAGGCUGGUUCGAGCUGGAGGGGUACAACAAGAUGGCCGAUACUACUAUACCAAAUUUGUUGGCCAUGCUGUCGGGUCAUACAAUGGGUCAACUGGAAGAUCGUUGCGCACCCGAGUCUGAUGGCUGUUCGUGGAUAUGGAACGACUACAAACGUGCUGGCUAUGUUACAGCUCUUGCUGAAGACAAUGUCGGUGAGGCGGCCUUCCUACAAAAUAUGCCUGGUUUUGAGGAUGUGGCCGUCGACUAUGAUCUUCGUCCGCUUCUGGUGGGCAUUGGUAGUGCAUUGAGCUUGUACGAAAAGUCUGGAUAUAAUUACUGCGUCGGCAGGCGACUGGGCAUCUCGUAUGUUUACGAGUUUUGUGCACAGUUCGCAGCGAGCUUUGCCCGGAAAGGGGAUCGGCCAGUGUUUGGCUUUUUUUGGAGCAACACAAUCACUCAGAGCUCGAACUUUGCUGCCUCCGGUUUGGAUGGUAUAUUUGCAAAUUAUCUGAAUAGGCUUGAGCAGGCGAAGCUCUUUGAUAAUUCGAUCGUUGUCCUAGUGAGCGAUCAUGGUGCACGCGACGGCGUGCUCAUGGACCAGUCCGAUAGUUUCCUCGAGGAACGUUUACCUUUGUUGCAUAUCUACCUGCCGCCCUGGUUCCGCAAAGCCUAUCCGCAGUACGCUCAGGCCUUGGCUAUGAAUCACAAUCGCUUGUGCUCGAACUUUGAUCUGUAUAAUACGCUGAGACACCUGAUCCAGCUGAAUGCCACGACGCCAGCGAUGCUGCCUGCCCUGGCCAGUUGCCCGAGUAGUCAAUCGCUGUUGCACCUGCUGCCCACAGAGCGCAGCUGUCAGGACGCUUGCGUCAAGGAGCAUUGGUGUACUUGCAACGAGUUUGACAAACAGAGUCUGGAUGGUGAAAUGUAUUUGCUUGGCAAGCGUGUUGUGUAUCAUAUUAAUCGUUGGAUGCUGAUGCAACGCUACAAUGAGUUCUGUCAGCGUCUCGGUCUGCAGGAUAUGGAUAUGGCGGAGCAAAAGAUGUCCUAUGAGGAGAAUGGCAGAGUGGGAAUGUAUGGCUCAAUUGUAGUUUAUCGCUUGCGUUUCCGCACCUAUCCCUAUGUGGGAAAAUUCCAGGCAACCGUUCGCUAUAAUCGUGAACUAGAAUCUAUUGAGGACUUGCAUGUGCCAGAUAUUAGUCGCUUGAAUAGCUACAAAAACAGUUCAGAGUGUAUUAAGGAUGAGGUGGCUAAAAAGUUUUGUUUUUGCUAUCCCAAGUCAAAAUUAAGUGGCGCCAUGAAAGAGUGGCAAGCGCAAAAGAUAACGACUGUUCCGGCAUUUUAAGUCAGCGCCAAGAAAAGUGAAGAAGAAGUAAUUAUAGUGAUCAAUAUCGUCAAAUUUAGUGUGAAAUUUCUUUUUUGAAAUUAAAAACAAUGUAAUUCAGAAACGAAACGUAUUCU